GGGAGGGGAGGGACCUGCAGUUAGUUCCCUGUGGGUCCGGCAUGUAGUCUGCUGCCGGCACUGAAAUGAGCUUCACUGAGAAGUCACGAAAGUCAUGGAUUGAGGAGACCUUCUUCAAGAGAGAGUGUGUGAAGUUUAUCCCUUCAUCUUGGGACCUGCAUAGAUGUAUUCCCGUAUGUCAAGUAUGCCAAAACUUGAUCAGAUGUUGUUGUGGCCGCCUGAUGGGAGAGCACUCUUGGCGAGAGUCCCUUCCCCCCAUAUCCCUCUAUCCUGGGCCAGGACGGGACCUGGUAGAGGACUGGUCCAUGGAGCAACACACCAAAGCCAGUCCCACCAAUGCCUUUGGGACCGUAGACUUCCAGGACACUGCCACACGUGUCUGCAGGGCCAAGUAUGUCCGUGUGGCUGUGGACUCCAAGCCAGAGGUGCUGCUGCAGCUGAUGCUGAGGGAGUGGCAGAUGGAGAGACCCAAGCUGCUCCUGACUGUGCAGGGGGGGUCAGAAAACUUCACCCUGCCUCUUAAAGUCAAGCAGGCCUUCAGCAAAGGGCUGAUCACCGCUGCAAUCAGCACCGGGGCAUGGAUACUCACUGAUGGCAUUAACACAGGCAGGUGUUAAAGAUGGUUGUAAGAUCUGUGUGUGGGAUAUCCUGUAUCACUAUGAACACAACUUGCACUGUUAUCAAAUAUGCACUCACAAGCAUGGCAGUUUAAAGGGGUAGAUGGAUAGUUUGAAGUGAGUUGUAUGAGGUACAAAAUGAUUUAGAUUGUUAGAGGUGGGUGUUUCUUAAAGGUGGACAAAUUACAUUUGCUACUGCCCUUGUACACAGCAGCACAUCGCUUAGCUUCUGUGCUAUAACUCUGGUCUGCUUCUACAAACUGGG